AACUUGGUCAGGAUACUUGUCUUGGUGAUAGCUCAGAUGAGUUCGAACAUGGGUCAUCUCGGAUGAAAAACUAGAUCACAGGAGCUAAGAAUAGAAAAACCUUGUUAACACUCUAGUGGUCACAUUUUUGCCUCAAUUAUCAUCAAACUUUGUCUGGAUGCUUGUCUAGGUGAUAGCUCGGAUGAGUUUGAACAUGGAUCAUCUCGGAGGAAAAACUAGGUCACCGGAGCUAAAAAUAGAAAAACCUUGUUAACACUCUAGUGGUCACAUAUUUGCCCCAAUCAUCAUCAAACUUUGUCAGGAUGCUUGUCUUGGUGAUAGCUCGGAUGAGUUCGAACAUGGGUCUUCUCGAAUGAAAAACUAGGUCACCGGAGCUAAAAAUAGAAAAACCUUGUUAACACUCUAGUGUGGUCACAUUUUUGACUCAAUGUCAUCAAACUUGGUCAGGAUGCUUGUCUAGGUCAUUGCUCGGAUGAGUUCGAACAUGGGUCAUCUCGGAUGAAAAACUAGGACACCGGAGCUAAAAAUAGAAACAUAGGAGCUAAAAAUAGAAAAGUCUUGUUAACACUUUAGUGGCUACUGUUUUGAUUCAAAUAUCCUGUAAAUUGAUCUGUAAGUUUUGUUUUAAUAAUUUUUAUAUCAAGUUUGAAUAUGGGUCACCUGGGGUCAAACACUAGGUUACACUGCCCAAAUAUGGAAAAACAUUGUUAACAUUCUACUGGUCACAUUUUUUACUCAAUUAUCAUCAAACUUGGUCAGGAUGCUUGUCUAGGUCAUUGCUCGGAUGAGUUCGAACAUGGGUCAUCUCGGAUGAAAAACUAGGACACCGGAGCUAAAAAUAGAUAAAUCUUAUCAACAUUCUAGUGGCUACUGUUUUGAUCCAAAUAUCCUGUAAAUUGGUCUGAAAGUUUAUUUUGAUUUCUAGGUCAAUUUCGAACAUGGGUCAUCUCGGAUGAAAAACUAGGUCACCGCCCAAAUAUGGAAAAACAUUGUUAACACUCUAGUGGUCACAAUUUUGCCUAAAAUCAUCAUCAAACUUGGUCAGGAUGCUUGUCUAUGUAAUUUCUCGGAUUAAUUCGAACAUGGGUCAUCUCGCAUGAAAACCUAGGCCACCGGAGCUAAAAAUAGAAAAAUCUUGUUAACGCUCCAAGUAUCCUGGAAACUGGUCUGAAAAUUUGUUUUGAUGAUUUCUAGGUCAAGUUCGAAUAUGGGUCACCUGGGUAAAAAAAACUAGGCCACACUGCUUAAAUAUGGAUAAUCUAGGUAUUUGUUCGGAUGAGUUCGAUGGGUCAGGUGAGCGAUGGCCCUCAUGUUUAUAAAAGAUAACUUUUUCAGAUUAUACAUGAAUAUGAAUAAUGUGUGUAAAAUCUUUAUAUUUAAGUUUUUAUACUUCCUGUUAAGAUUAACCAUACAACAAAACAGGAUGGAAAGGUAAGUGUUGAGUGAGUAACAUUUAUAAUAACAUUUUUAUCAAUAACGCAUGUAGUGAACGCGCUUCGGAUUCCAUUAAUUUUGUCUAAAAUUUAAAAAGUACUAAUUGAUAACUUAAAAGAAAUUGGUCUUUAAUGAAAUGUUUGUAAAUACAAUAAAUACUUACGUUGGCAGUACUAAUAUAAAACAUAGCAACAAACCAGGAAAGAAUUAUAUAUAGGUAAUGUUAGCAAUUAUAAGACACAUGAUUUGUUAUUACAUAAAUUUAUAUAGCAGAUGAUAAAUUGUUCUAUCAAAAAAAUAUUAUUCACCAUAUUAUACAUGUUCAUAUCAAAUCACUUAGAACUUUUUCAACAUUUGUUUUCAAACGUUAUUUCAUAAGAUAUUCCAAAUGAUACAUUUCUAUUGUUUUUGCACGGAAAAUACAUGUAUGCCCAAACAUUGUACCCAACCAAAUAUUGUACCCAACCAAAUCCCCUGUAAUAUCCGUUCAUUAUAUUAAUAAUAAUUGAAACACGUCAAACGUUUAGUCGAAAAAAAUAUAAAAUAGUAAUAAAAACAUUUAAUGAUAAAUGACUAACAUUUUGUAUUGAAAAAAAAAAGUUUAGGAUAAAAUAUAAAGCUGCCUAAAACAUGGAAGAUGAAAGUAACAAAUGAAUACCAAUGGAUAUUAACAGAAAUUUUCUAGAGCCAUGUGAGUUACUUAUCAUUCAUGCGAAUUAAAUUAUAGAUUUGAAAAGAAUUAUGGUAAGAUGUACAGUUAUUUUGACUUUUAACUGUCCACUCACACUAUACCAUUAGAAAAACAUUGUCACUUUGUAACAACUAUUGAUAUACGUAGGCUAGGUAAUUUCUUGCUAACAAUAUUGAAUAUUUAUUUAAAUAUUAUAAUAAUCACUUCUUAAAUAGCUUAUUUAAUCACAUUAAACUUUGCAUUAUAGAGAAAAUCCAUAAUAUUCUUGAUUUUAUGACUUCCACAAUUUAUAUAAUUUUAAAGAAACCAUAGAUAGACAAAGGGCCGCAGCUCAUCAACAAAACAUCAGGACGUUCUCUUUUUAACUUUUUAUUUAUUAUCAGAAAUGGAACAGUGUACAACCAGACAGGGUCCAUAUGGGGAAGAAAGUGACCCGGAUCAUGAUGCUUCACAAAUAGACAUAUCAGAUGGCCGUGUUGAACUAAAUGACAGUAAUGAAUAUGACACGUUAGUUAAUGUAGAAGCAAACGGUACAUGGGCUGUAACAAGAACUGGUUUAGAAGAAUGUACAGAAAAAGCCAUUGAUGGUUGCGAUCAUGAACAAAAUGAAGACACUAGCAAAGACACUAGCACAACUGACUACAGUUGUUUAGACUGGAAUAAAGUUUUCCAUUUCUUGGCGAACCAACUAGAUGCGGCAAAAUGUUUAUUAUUUUUUAAUACCUUAUAUGGAAAUACAAGAUAUGCAGGCGAACUAAAUUCUUCAGCAAGAUACAAACAAGUUGAAAACGAUACAAAACUUCGAUUGGGCAUAUGCGACACCGUAACUCUACUUGUCGAACAGUUUAAGGCAUGGAAAGAAUACGCAGGAAAAAAUGCUAAACACACAGUUAUAUCUAUGUCGCUUCAAGAGCUUGACUUAAAUGAUACGUUGCAUAAGUUUGAAAGUUUCAUGUGUAAUCCGCCCAUGCUACUCCCAAAGCGUCAAGUCACAUCUCUUAUCAAGGACGACGAUUUCUGUAUAUCGGAUCAAAACCUUGAUGUCAUGUCUUUUCCAAUGCCUCAAGUACAUUUAAAAAGGACCUUUUAUGCAAUGGAACAAAGCAGUUGCUGCCAAGAACGUAGGAAAGCUCCAGACGGUGUACCAGACAAUCUGGUAAUGCCGAAAUGGUGUUACCAGGAAUCGGUUCAUCAGAGCGAAACUUUUCCAACAACAAAAAUCAAUAUAGAAAACCCUUUGGUACCUGAUCAUGAGGUAGCGAACGGUUUGUGUAGGGAAAAGAAAAACGAUCCUCCUAACGAAUCAAGUGAAUCAAAUCUAUUUACACCCUUUCAAACACAUUUGACCAUGAGUUCUUUUUGGAUGCUGAUAAAGACAUUUGUCCUGAAAUCCAAAGAAUACUUGCAUCAAGAUAUGUACCAAAUACUUCUAUGCGAUACCAUUUCAAAAGUCAUGACAGAAACAGUCAAAAAAGAAGAAGUUAUACUGUCUUUAACAUACCAGGAUUUUCUGGAUGCAGAAAAAAUUAAAACAAAAAAGGAAACAAUUGCUGUGAUGUAUUCAAACGAAAUAAGAUUAGUACUGGGAGAAGCAGUUUUCUCAGACCUGAGUUUCUAUGCAGAAUAUGCACGGAGGCAAGUAAUCGGAAGACUUGGAGAAAAUAUCAACCAGGCAGACAAAGAUUUCCUUUUCCUAGACUACAACGGUAACCGAAUGUAUUCACAGUGCCUACUAGGUGAUGAGAAAGAAAAAGAAUUGUAUCCAGCCAAAGAACGUUUUGUUACUGUCCAAGAUACCAGUACAGCUUAAAUGGAAGAAAAUCAACUGUGACUUUAUUGUUCUAUGUGUACAUUAUUCUUUUAAGAAUUCAAUUUGCAUUUUUACUUAAGGUUGCGACAAAGACUGUAUAUUGUUGAAUGUUUCCGAUACGGUUCGAUUGUCUCUGUCCGAGGAAUGGUAUUUUUGUUCUUUGUUUUAACAUUUCAUAGCAAUUGUAAGCACACUGAUGUUUUCAGAACAAUUGAUCUCGGACACAUAAUGUAUUGCUGUAUGAUUGUUUGAUUUGCUGUUUAAUAUACGUUAAUGCUAUAUAUACUUUAGAUGCUAUUUUGUUUUUGUUUAUUUCUUUAUAGGUAUUUUCAAAAAUGACUUCUGUUAAUCUAAAAAAGUGUGCGAUCCUGUUUUCCUUUAAUCUACGCACGUGCAUUUUUAUGUGUUUAUGUUUUAUAAGAAUGAGCGUGUGCUUCACAAAUAAAAGCAUUCUUUGUGAUGA